UAAGAGACAGAGUAAAGCUCUCUCUACUUGUUUAUUAAACUGAAAGUAAAGGUCCUUUACAUUGUCACCAUCAAAUGCCCCCUGCUAGGGUUGGAUACAGAGUAAAGCUCCCUCGAGCCUCCCACCCAACACUUCCAGGACGUGGACAACCUGCCUCUACUCUUUUAAACUGAAAGUAAAGCUAUCUCCACCCUGUCCCCAUCGAAGACGGUGGACAGGGAGAGCACAGGGUUAGAGAUGGAGUAAAGCUCUCUCUUUUUAAACUGGGAGUACAGCUACCUCUACUCAGUCAAACAAGAAAGUAAAGCAGCCUCUGUGCUGUGCCCAUCAAAUAGACCCAGCACGGUGCAGGGUUAGAUACAGAGAAAAAGCUACUUCUACUCUUUUAAAGUGAGAGUAAAGCUCGCUCUACAUGGUCCCUAUCAAACAUUCUCAGGACAGGGACAGCAUAGGGUUAGAUACAGAAUAAUAGCUUUCUCUGCAGUGUCCCCAUCAAACCCUCUGAGGACAGGGACAGCACACUAUUAGACACAGAUUAAAGUUCUCCUUACUGUUCUAAACUGAAAGUCCUCCCUGCUUUCCAUAAUCUGUUGUGCCAAUAUUGUGAAGGACGUAUCCUUGGACUUCACUUCCCCUUUAAGAGGUUUUGUUUUGGGCGGUCACAAAGUUCCUUUAAUGAUGUUGCUAGGCAACCCGCCACGGAACGAGGGGACAGCCCGCACACGCGCACACCGUUAAAGCGCGACUCCCCCGCCCAGUGAAAUGAUUGACACUCCAGUAGGACAUCCGAUUGGUUGCUUCAGCCAGAAGAACGUCGGCCCGCCCACAUCGCGCCUUGCCAUUGGCUGUCAUAGAUGUCAAUCAGGGCUCCCUUCCGGUGUUGCCGACACCGGCGCAGGUUUAAAGUCCUUUUCUUGUAAGGAAUGGAUGCGGUGGCCAAUGCUCUCGAGUCUUAUCGGGGCCGUGACCGACUAGUACGGACCGUGUGCUACAGCUCGCGGCUGCUGGGCGGCCUGCUGCUGGCUCAGGAGGGAGGCUGCCCUGAGCUGGGCCGCCGGCUGCUCCUGAUCGCCCAAGAGCUCAGCAACUGCCGGGCGACGCUGCGGCUCUUCGAUGACCUGUCCAUGUUCUUGUACUCGCGGGGGUACGGGCUGGGUGGCACGGAGGAAGACAUGAUUGUGCGGUUGCUCUUUAUAACGGGAAAUCUGGUGGAUCAGCUCUAUUACCCCUGCGAACACUUAGCCUGGGCUGCUGACUACAAAAUCCUGAGCAUCAACGCAGAGAAGUGGUGGACGCUCAGUAACACAUUGUGGACUCUGUCUCUGGCCCUGGGAGCUCUGCGAUCCUUCAGAGUUGUGCAGCUGCUAAAGAAGAAACUAAAGGGAAGCCAGAAUAAUGUUCACCUCAGAAUGGGUGAAGCAAACUGUGUGAGUAGACAGGCAUAUCAGACACGGAUGCGAGCAGAAAUUCUCAACAUCAUCACCUGCCUGGCUGACCUGACAAAUGCCAUCCACUGGAUGCCACCAGGAUUCUUGUGGGCAGGAAAGUUUCCCGAGUGGCUGGUGGGACUAAUGGGGACCGUUUCGUCGGUAAUCAGCCUCUACCAAAUGUCCUGCGGGAGCUGCAGCACCAAGGACCCAUGAGGGGAGAGGCAUGCGAUUUUGAUUAGGUAACCUGGCACCCUAUCAGAGGGUCGCUUAAUGCUUGAUCCAUUUUAUUGAUGUAUUUGGGAGACCAUCCGUCAUUUAUUGAGGGAGAGUAGCCUCCGUGCUGUCUCACGAAGCCGCAGACUUUACCACCUCCCCCUCAAUCGGAUCUGGGCCGCCACAGCAGAGAACAAAAGCUGUAAGACCUUGUUCUGGGAAACCAUAGUUCUGCUCCCAGGAUUGUCAUCAAUUGGCUUAUCCACUCUGAAACUGACAACGUAUCAUUUCACUUCCUUUCUGCCAAGCUAAAUCCAUCCAUUUUGGGCCCAGUUUAGCGAUCUCCCAUUUCCCAUCCCACCCUUAUUGCUCAAAAUGUGGCCAUUUAUCCCAGCAUGCUUCUGCUGGCUUUCACACCCCAUUUUCAUUUUACUCAGAACCAUGUUUUGAGAGUUUCCUUUAAGCAUCUAUUUGCAUUUGGGAACAAAAUAUGGAUUACAAACUUUCUUGAUGAACCAGUGCCUAAGAUCAUGCACCAGCACAAGGGAGAUCUAGAAUUUGACUACAACAAAAACAAAAUAAAAGGUGAAAAUAAAAGGUGAAAGUGCUAGAGAAAUUUAGCAGAUUUAGUGGACAGCGAAACAGAGUUGAUGCUUCGAGCUCAAUCCUCUUUGAAGAAGAGUCAACAAUAACUCUAGAAUUUGAUCUCUGCUCUUUCCCCAUCCUCAGCCCCAGCACUUUCAAAGUGUGUGUGUGUGUGUGUGUGUGUGUUGGGACUCAGCUGUGAUGUCUUCAAUUUAUCAGCCCAAAUCUCAGCAGAUUUGUGGAAAAUGUCCACUGGAGGCCACCCUGACAUGGUUCACCCCUUUUGGAGGAAGUGCAGUGAUAAAUAUUGGGUCCAACUAAAACUGGGCAAAUGUACAGAUGUAGUAACUUCAGUUCAUUCGUAACUCGUGGAAAAAUAAAGAUUGAAAAUUUGCAUUUGAAACAGCGCAUAGUCAGUUAGGUAAGACCACUUUCUUUUUCUGGUGAAUUUUAUUGAUGAGACCAGCAGAGCCUGCUUUAUGCUAUCCUUCAUUUUUUCUGUGUCACUCUCCCAGGGACCCUCACUCCUGUGUCACUCGUAGAAAGAAUUACAUGUUAUUGGAACACAGCAACAAAACUGACAUUAAUUGUUCAACAAAUCUAGAAAAUGAUAACUGACAGUCAGAAAUCUAAACUACUGUGUAAAAUGUUGCAGAAUAUUUUGAAAACUGCAUACUUAAAAAACAAAUGCAAUUAAAGAAAAACUAUUUCAUGUUUUA